AUGUCUGCCUCAACCAAGACAGAAGCUGCCAGUGCCUCUCAGGCCUCCACCGUACCCCAAACGCAGGUCACCCUUGGAUCGAAGGUGAUCGCAAUUACCGGUGCAAACCGGGGAAUCGGCCUAGGAAUCGCAGAAUGUUGUCUGUCCAACGGCGCAGAAAGAGUCUACUCCAUCGAUAUCGGCGAGACGGGUGAAGAGUUUCUUGCACUCUCGCAGCGUUAUCCGGGAAAGCUCCACGCAUUGAACGCAAACGUGACGGAGGAAGACACAAUCACAGCAGCCGUCGAGAAGAUCAUUGAAGAAGCCGGCGCAUUACACGGCAUGGUAGUAAAUGCGGGACGGACACACCAUAAGGCAGCUCUGGACUUCACAAAGGAAGAGAUUGAGAACUUGUUCAAUGUCAACCUCUUCGGGGCGUUUUACACAGCGCGGGCGGCUGCACGUGCCUUUAUCAAAUUGGGCAUUAAGGGUUCUAUCGUCUUUACAGCUUCAAUGGCUUCAUACCGCCCUAAUAAGGCAAGUAGUACCUUUCUACCCUCCACCCCAUACGGUGCCUCAAAAGCGGGCGUUCGCAACAUGACUCAUACCCUUGCUAUGGAAUGGGCUCAAUACGGUAUUCGCGUGAACAGUGUUUCUCCGGGCCUAGUAAAGACCGCCAUGACAUAUUGGGUGCCUCAGCAGCCGGACUGGGAGCAGCAGCUGAAGUACUAUGGCGGAUUUCCUAGACUCGCCGAGGUACAGGAGCUCGGUGGUGCAUAUGUUUACCUCCUGAGCGAUGCGGCUAGUUACACGACAUCCAUCGACAUCCCUGUUAAUGGUGUUAUUGGCAGUGAGUAUUCCAGCUGCUCAUUCAUAUGA